CCAUAUUAAACAGAUGGGAACGAAUUAAAAUUCUCCAUCAUGACUUCAGCCGCCGAUGGAAGGAAGACUACAUAAAGGACCUUCACAAGAGAUACCGGUGGAAAACUCAAGAAAAGGCACCAAAGCUUGGAGACUGCGUCCUUAUACAAGAUGAUUGUCUCCCUCCUACGGAAUGGCGACUCGGCCGCAUAAAACAACUUCAUUACGGUUCCGACGGUCAUGUUCGAGUAGUUGAUCUCCGCACUCAAACCGGAACGCUAACCAGACCGCUCGUCAAACUAUGCUUUCUACCAACCGCCGAAGAUAAAGAAACAGUAAUAUGGACGUGGAUAUGGCAUCAUCGUCAACGCCAACCAUGCGCUCGGCAGUUUCCGCCCCUCGCUCCGAAGCUGCCCCAAUAGCAGCACCCCGGACCAACAUGGCACCGGCAGCGCCUCGAACAACAACAGGCGCCACCGCGACAACGGCUCCGCGUCAAAGCACGCCAGCAUUACCAGCGGAUCUGCAACUAAUUCGUUGUCCACUAUGCCGCCGCCCGCAUCGGCUAUCGCACUGCGGUAUCUUCAAAGGCAUGCCGCCGAUGCAACGCCAGCAGGUGGCACAGGCGCACGGGUAUUGCCUGAAUUGUCUGGCAACUUCCCAUGCAACUCAGGAGUGCCCAUCAAAUAAUCGUUGCCAAAUCUGUGUUCGGGCUCACCAUACGCUGUUGCACCGCACUACCAGACGCGACUCCGGGCGACCACCUGCUCCUCGCACCAGCGGUAACGUCAGGCGUUCUCAAAGAACGCCUGUGACGGCUUAUCGCCGGCGUGGACACUUUCCAGCAGAAUCUCGUUCCUGGCGCCAAAACCGGACAACGUCAACACGGCGCCAUCAGCUUAGGCCGCAAUCCCGGCGGUCAACAGGCCUCAGCAGCGUUGUAGCUACGCUACAGCAGCUACAGCGGCUUCUAGGCUAAAUACUCGCCUAGGGGGGCCGGGAUGGCUAAAUGAGUAGCGACGUCACAUCAGAUGUACAUCAUUUCACCACACCGAAUCACAUUAACACACACACACGCACAUGCACCAAAACGCGAUGACGUUCUACGUUCUAAUUAGAACAAAAAGACAAGAGAAAGGCGCUCGCGCACCUUUUUUCGUUACGACGUCGAUCGAGCAACACCUCCGCUUUUCGCAGCAUCCCGGUUCUUUCCGCUAAG